GGCGGCGCGCGAAAUAGCGCAGGCGCGAAGCUGCGCAGGCGCGGGACCCGCCCCUGGGACCCUCGGGGCCGGGGAGGGUUUGGCCCCUCUGCGUCCCCUCGUCGGGCGCCAGAGAAGGCAGGCGGAAGGGGACGUUCCCGGUAGGUGCUGCGCGCGGAGCCCUGCGAGGCACGUGACGCGCGCGUCGGCGGGGGUCUGCCGCGGCGCAGAAAUGUCUUUCCUCCAGGAUCCAAGUUUCUUCACCAUGGGGAUGUGGUCCAUUGGUGCAGGAGCCCUGGGGGCUGCUGCCUUGGCACUGCUCCUGGCCAACACAGACGUGUUUCUGUCCAAGCCGCAGAAAGCAGCGCUGGAGUAUCUGGAGGAUAUAGACCUGAAAACACUGGAGAAGGAACCAAGGACUUUCAAAGCAAAGGAGCUAUGGGAAAGGAAUGGAGCUGUGAUCAUGGCUGUGCGGAGGCCAGGCUGUUUCCUCUGUCGGGAGGAGGCUGCAGACCUGUCCUCCCUGAAACCCAAGUUGGAUGAGCUGGGCAUCCCUCUCUAUGCAGUGGUGAAGGAGCACAUCAAGACUGAAGUGAAGGACUUCCAGCCUUAUUUCAAAGGCGAAAUCUUCCUGGAUGAAAAGAAAAGGUUCUACGGUCCACAAAGGCGAAAGAUGAUGUUUAUGGGAUUCAUCCGUCUGGGGGUUUGGUACAACUUCUUCCGAGCCUGGAAUGGAGGCUUUUCUGGAAACCUGGAAGGUGAAGGCUUCAUCCUCGGGGGAGUUUUUGUGGUGGGACCAGGAAAACAGGGCAUUCUUCUGGAGCACCGAGAAAAAGAAUUUGGAGACAAAGUAAACCCACUUUCUGUUUUGGAAGCUGUUAGGAAGAUCAAGCCACAGACUCCGACCUCAGAGAGAAAAUGAUUGUGUGAAACUGCCUGAGGCAGGAUAACGAGGGCCACUCACCAGUGUUCUCCGAAGGUGUCAGGUUUCCACUGUGUCGCUAAGGAGUUAGAAACCCACCUGUACAGUGUUCUCAGUGUGGAUUGUUAACAUAUUUUAAUACUGUCUUCUGUUUAUCCCCGGAAAGGCAAAGUAGCCCCAAAACAAGGCUGACAGAAAUCUAAGAAACUCGUAAGGGUUAUUUUAGCUAAAACCUGUAAAAUAUGAGGUUUAAAAUUGCUGCACCUCAUUACAAAUGUAUAUGGUGUUUGAGUGCUGUUAUUUGAAAUGAUUUUAUUUUUAUGUCUUCAAAAAUCUAAGAAAAGUUGAUUGGGAGAUUGGAGAAUAUAAGGUUUUUGACUUUUGUGGAUUCUAUUAAUAACUUGUUAUAUAACGUCAAAGUAUAACUCAUAUGCUCCAGAUUAGUUUGAUAAAGAUAAAUAAUAAAGUGAGAUCUCUUGUUUCAUUGUCUUCCAUUCUAACCCCAGAGAUUUGUUUUUCUAGAAGAAAUGAUCAUCUCUAGCUCUAAUAAAGUUAUGCAUCAGAAAUCACCUGUAUAUAAAACUAAUAAUAAAAACAUUUACCAUAA